UUAUGGAACGCCGCGCUUCUUGGUUUCCAUCAUUCCAUUCCACGUCCAUAUCCUGUUUUCCCAUUAUUUUCUAUCUAAUUAAUCUACAACUAAUAUAACGCUUCUCAUUAAGACAUUAACCAAGGUUGGUUCCUUCCUUGUUUCAAUUCAUUCAAGUCCAUAACUACUUUUUUUUCGUCGAGAGAAUGAGUACACCCCGCCUCUGCCCGCAUUUACUUCCUUCAUCUUAUUUUGGCAGUCUGAAUGAAUGAAGUUUUAAUGACUUGUUUUCCUCACGUGAUUUCCACGCCUCCACCGCCACCUUCAUUCCACUCCCAUAUUAUUUCAUAAACUCGCCACUCACCCCCCCUUCUUUCUCUUUAGUCUUUACCUCGCUCUCUCUCUCUCUCUCUCUCUUCCCCGUUAUGUCAACUCCACCUCCUCCAUAUCUCAAUGUUAUUGGAGCUGAUAUUAACACCAACGAUGGAAACACUCAUCACUCUCAUUCUUUGGAUAAAUUCAAACCAAGUAUUAUCAUUAUCAUUUUAAUCCUAGCCAUUACUUUACUUCUUUCUAUCUCUCUUUGUCUCCUUCUUCGUCAUCUCAACCGUCGCUGUCUCCGUCAUCUCUCCACCGUCACUACUGUCUCAACCAAUAAUACCGACUCACGCCGUCUCUCUAGUCGCCGUGUUUCACCUGAAAAUCCUACGUUCUCUAUCCUUGACUCUCUUCCGCUCUUCACCUUCUCCUCCGUCACUCACCGUUCCUCUUCCGGCGGAGAUUGUGCUGUCUGUUUGUCAAAAUUUGAGCCACAGGAUCAACUCCGUCUCCUUCCUCUUUGUUGCCAUGCGUUUCAUGCUCUAUGCAUUGACACCUGGCUUGAGUCCAACCAAACUUGUCCUCUAUGCCGCUCGCCGAUCAACGCCUCUGAAUCUGAUGUUUUGAAAGCAAUACAUCCUUCUUCUGCAGCUGUUGGGGGUAACGAUAGCUUUCGUCUUGAGAUCGGCUCAAUCAGCCGCCGCCAAGCCGUUCCAGAAUCAGGUGAACCGCAGCCAAGAUCAUACUCUCUCGGUUCAUUUGAUUACAUUGUUGAGGGGGAUUCCGAUAUCACAAUGAACCAAACAUAUCGGAGAAGUGUUUCCGAUAAAGAGGACAUUGUAGCAGAGUCAGUUACAGCUGCUUCAGAGGCCAACUUAGCAUCCGAAGUAGCCGUGGGAAGGAACUGGCUCAAGGACUACGUUGACAGGCUAUCUUUUUCUCUUUCAUCACGAACGAUAUCGUUCAGGAGCUCUGGAAGGUUCUUCACUGGAAGCAGUCGGCGGAGCGAUGUCGCUGGUGUUGGAGAUUAUGACUUGGAGGCCAAUCGUGUGGGCGAAGAAAUCAGCGAACUGUUUCGUUGGUUCUCAGGGGUAUGAGCGUAAAUAUGCGUCUUAUUUAGGUGUAUUUGUAAUUUUGCCUUCACUUUGGCUAGGAUCACUCUGUUUUGCUUUAUCCACUACACACACGAGCAUAAUCAAGUUCAGGUGAAGGGAGGGACCGGAUAGAGCAAAAUUGGAAGUGGAUAGAGCAAAAUUGGAAGUGGAUAGAGCAAACAGAGGGACACCAUUUAUUUCAGUUUUAUCUUGUAUAGAUAGAAUAGUUGUGGAUUAUCUUCCAAAUUUGCAUUUUAUAAACAAUUGGGAAGUUUAGGAAUUGUUACUUUUAAUGAUCAUAAUCGGUGUUUCGUUUGCCGUAAAUCACGGGAAAUUUUACUUCACUCUAG